UUUUUUAUAAUUAUUAUUAGUUCAAAUUUCUAUUUUCUAGCAAAAUCUGGUGCUCGUUCUUAUCAUAUGGUUGAACAAGCUGAUCUUCUUUUAGAUCGUUUGAGAAAUCAAGAAAUAUGUGAUUGGAAUAAUGAUUGGAAAUUAAUAACAUUCUUUAUUGGAGGAAAUGAUUUAUGUGAUUUCUGUACUGAUAUACAAAAACAUGAUCCAGCUAAUUUUGUUGGUUGGAUUCGUGAUACACUUGAUCGUUUAUACAAUGCGAAUUUACCUCGUACAUUGAUAAAUCUUGCACUUGUACUUGAUGUUCGUCCAGCAAAAGAACUUAAAAAUGGCAAUUUUAUUUGUGGACUUCUUCAGAAAAGAGCAUGUCCAUGUGCAGCAUAUCCAACUGAAGAACAAGAAAAAAUUUUAAAUGAAUGGAUUCCUCAAUAUCAACAAGGUGUUGUUGAUUUAAUCAAUUCCGGUCGUUACGAUGGUCGUGAUGAUUUUACUGUUGUUGUUCAACCAUUCAUGGCUAAAACUGUACCUCCACGAAAAGCCGAUAAAAUUGAUUUUAGUUAUUUUGCUCCAGAUUGUUUUCAUUUUAGCGGUAAAGGUCAUUCAGUUGCAUCAUUAUCACUUUGGAAUAAUAUGUUUGAAUCAGUUGGUACUAAAAAAUAUUCAUGGCAUCAAGGUGAAGGAUUCGAAUGUCCAACACAAGAUCAUCCUUUUAUCUAUACAUCAAAAAAUUCUAUUUAA